GGGCGUGUCCGUCACACCUAUUUUUUUUCCUGGUGACGCGCGCGGGACUCGAAAUAAAAUCCCCUAUGCUGCUGCAGCACUUCAUUGGUCGCGCGCUGACCCCCACACACUAACUACAGCAACUUGUCUUCAAACUGCCCAACAACCAUGGCUCAAGCAUUGGACAUCGCUACCUGGGAUCUGGAGUGUGAGUUCAAUAACACAGACCACCGCACAGAGCUGAACGGAAUGGACCGCCUCAUUGUGAGAAGAGGCCAGCCAUUCAGCAUCAAACUGAAGCUCCGCUACGGGGAGUACCAGGCCGGCCUCAGUUCCCUCACCUGCAUCGCGGAAACAGGUCCCUCCCCGUCUGACCAAUACGGCACCAGGGCCGUGUUUGACGUUGCUGCCGGCUCGGACAGCCCCUCCGCGUGGAGCGCCACGGUCACCAGUCCUCCUGGGAAUGUCGUGGCCCUCUCCAUCUGCCCCGCCGCUGACGCACCCAUCGGCCGCUGGACCCUGACCCUUGGGGGGUCCUGCCGCAUUGAUUUCAUCCUCCUCUUCAACCCCUGGUGCUCAGGAGAUUCUGUGUAUAUGGACAAUGAAGAGUAUUUGAAGGAAUACGUCCUAUCUCAAGAUGGAAUCAUCUACCGCGGCACCCUCGAACAGAUUUUGCCUUUCCCUUGGAACUUUGGCCAGUUUGAAUAUGGAAUCUUGGAUGUCUGCCUCAAAAUCCUGGACACCAAUCCCAAAUACCUGCGUAAUCCCGGUAAAGACUGCUCCGGGAGGAGAAAUCCGAUCUACGUCUCCAGAGUGUUGAGCGCCAUGGUGAACUGUAACGGGGACGCUGGCGUUGUGCUGGGCCGCUGGCCAGCUCUGGAUAAAUUGUCGUCAGAUAACCCCUACGAGGGGGGAGAGAGCCCCAUGUCUUGGAAGGGCAGCGUGGAUAUCCUGCUCAACUGGGACAGCAGCUCUUGUAGUCCAGUACGCUAUGGCCAGUGCUGGGUGUUUGCAGCAGUGGCCUGCUCAGUUUCCAGAGCCCUUGGCAUCCCCUGCCGGGUCGUCACAAACUACAUAUCUGCCCACGACACCAACAGAAACCUGCUGAUCGAGUACUUCUACGACGAGAACGGCCGCAACCAUGGAAGAGACAUGAUCUGGACGUUCCACUGCUGGGUGGAGAACUGGAUGACCCGGCCUGACCUGAAGCCUGAAUAUGACGGUUGGCAGGUUGUGGACCCCACACCCCAGGAAAAGAGUGAAGGAGUGUAUUGUUGCGGCCCAGUUUCGGUGAAGGCCGUGAAGGAGGGUGAGCUGGCGACCAAGUAUGACGCGCCGUUCGUCUUCGCCGAGGUCAACGCCGACAAGGUGGACUACAUAAGGCAGGCGGACGGCAGCAACAAGAAGAUGACCAGCUUCACGGGCGUGGGCCAGAAGAUCAGCACCAAGAGCGUGGGGAACGACCGACGGGAGGACAUUACUCACCUCUACAAGUACCCCGAAGGAUCUGAGGAGGAACGAGAGACUUUCCGGAAGGCCGACCACCUGAACAAGCUCCUCCACCGGCAGGAGAGCCAGGGCCUCAAGCUCGCCAUCGAGGUCGCCACGGAGAAGAGGAAGGGCUGUGACUUUGACGUGACCGCGGUGGCCUCCAACAGCACGACCAGCGAGAAGAAGUGCCGCCUGCUGUUCUCCUCCAUGGCCGUGUCCUACACGGGCGUUGUGAAGGACAACUGUGGCUUCAAGGACCUCCUGAACGUGGAGCUCCCCCCCGGAGGAGAGCGACGGGUUCCUCUGAGGCUGAACUACUCCAAGUACUGCGAUGCGCUCACCGAGGACAACCUGAUCCGCCUGGCCGCCCUGCUGGUCGACUACUCAACCAAGGAGACCAUCUUCACCCUCAGAGACAUCGUGCUCGACAAUCCAGAAAUCAAAGUCCGCAUCCUUGGUGAACCCAAACAGAACCGAAAGCUGGCAGCAGAGAUCACAGUGCAGAACCCGCUUCCCGAACCCUUGAGCAACUGUUGCUUCAGCAUCGAGGGAGCAAAUCUCACUGGGGGAAAGACAAUCAAAGAAAGGCUUGAGUCUACAGUGGAACCAGGGGAGGAUGCCAAGGUGAAGAUCUACUUCAAGCCAAACCACUCGGGGCUCCGCAAGCUGGUGGUUGACUUCAACAGCAGCAAGCUGUGUCACGUGAAGGGAUACAAGAAUGUUAUUAUUGGCAAAUAGAUCAACCCACAUCAACCCACACCCAUACCCUGUGGCCUCUCUUCUGUUGUUUCGUUUUUUUUACAUAAGCGCAACCAUAAAACGUACCUUUGACUAACUGUUUACUAUAUACAUUAAUGUUUGAAUUGCAAUCUUUUUUUUUUACAAGAGAUCGCAUAUGUAUUGCUAGUACGUACCUGCUGGUCAUAUUAUGGCUGACUUCUGAUAGCAUUUGUAUGGCUAUCCCUAACCUUUAGAAAGGCUUAAGAAACAUGCAUGCCCGCUUGUACACGGUGAAUAACAAAUUCCAUUGAUGUACUAUGUACUGUUAUUACUGCAAUAAAAUAAUUCUUGGCCUUA